AUGUCCUCAGACCUAACUUACUUUAUUCACAGUCUGAGACCAGGCUUGGGGGAUGAAGACAGACUUCACCUACCCACAACUAAAUUGUCUCAAAAUCUCUCUUCAUCUCCGGCUUCACCUCAAACACCAGAGAGCACAGGCUUUACUGUUGAUCGCACAUACCCUGCUGCUCUGACUUUGGGCUCUAACAAUGAGGCGACGUACAUCUCAUCCCAUGGAGCAUGCCCACAUGACUUGUGCUGCCAUGCUUUGCAUCAUGGACCGCUUGGUGGUUGCUCUCAUGGUACCAACGACAGCCUCUCACGCAGCUCCUCCUUCAGCGGAAACACAUGGCCAGUUGCUGGCCCCUCGCUCUCAGACGAUCGCUUCCCGAAUCUUGACCUGAGCAGUGUACCCUACUCAAUCAACAACUUGUCUGCACAUACCAGUCAACUGGAUUUCCAAGCUGUUGAUGCUUUCGAAUGGAACAGUUUGCAUGCUCCGCAACAGUCCCUCGCAGAUUUGCAUAUCACCGACAAUACACCAUUGACAGCACAAUGUCCAGGUGUGACCCCUUUGCGCCAGAGCAACGAUACUGGCCUCGUUUCUUUGGGCAUCCCAGACGAACAGUCUGUCCACGCUCUUGAGUUAUUCGACUUCUCUAUCGGCAGUGGAUUCAAUAAUUCGAUUUCAGUAUUCCUCUCAGGCGCUGCGAGCCCCCAAGGAUCUCUUCCACACAAACAAGGCGCACAGCCCGAUGCUGUUGACUGGGAUUCUCAGACCCCCCUCGCUGGGACUGGUAGCAUUAAACGCUCCAGAGAUGAGUCCGGUUCGGAUGAUUCAUCAACCUCGGGCGAUUGUCCGUUCUGUGAAAACUUCAGUGGAGAUGCGAAGCAACUUAGGUUCGUGUACUCGUAA